AUGGACGCGUCCAUGCAGCCAGUCGCUAUCCCUCGCCAGCAGCUAGGCAUUGACCGGUUGCCGACACGGCGCAUAAGUAAUGAGCCGCGAGAGUCUAUGAACUGCAAGUCGUGCAGAAAGCGAAAGAUCAAAUGCAACCGCCUGCGGCCAUCAUGCGAGGCAUGCCAGGUCUUUCAAUGCCCUUGCGUGUACGACGCGGUCCCAAAGAAACGAGGGCCCAAGACAGAUGUCCUUGAAGCACUGCUGAAGCGAGUAGACGGCUUGGAAGCACGUCUCAAGCAUGAGAAGAAGUCAGGCAGCGAGUCCAACGCAGACGAUGGACAGUCGGCUUCUCCAAAUGAAUCAGAGCACAACAACCCUCUAGUUGCGGCAGAUUCGACUGCAUAUUCACCUGUUGAACCCGUACCCAAGCGCGCAAGAGCGCCUACAAUCCAAAGUAUCGCCCAGCCCAGGCGUUCACACGAUGCUGUACCCUCUCCGCCUUUGACAUCCGAGCCGCCUCCAGAAGUCCAGACCGAAACGCUCCUAGACACGUACUUUGCACAGUUUCAUGGCAAGCCCUACUUCAUUGUGGAAGAAGCAUCCUUCCGCCACCGCUACCAGGCGAAGCAGCUUCCGUCGUACCUCUCCAGCGCGAUCUUUGCUGUCGCUGCCCGCUACGCACCACACCCAGGCGGCAGCCAGGCUGCUGUGCGGCUGAGUGAGAGACUCGCCAUCCAAUCCAGAAAUGAGAUCGACACCGAUGAGCCAUGUAUGGACUCCUUGCAAGCCAUGCUGCUGCUGGUGACUGCGUUCACCGCUGCUGGAAAAGGGCGAAGAGCAUAUAUGCUUAUGAGCAUGGCGGUUGGCAUGGCCAUCGCUCUCGAGCUGCAUCGCGAGGUCGACGCCAACUCUCGCCUAUCAGUCACGGAGCGCGAGUCCAGACGUCGCAUCUUCUGGACCUGUUAUCUACUGGACCGGUUCAUGGCAUGCGGCUCCAAGCGACCGUGCCUGAUUAGCGACAAGACAAUCCUGUUGCGACUGCCAUGUUGGACGCCAAUUGGAUCGAAUGUGGCCGUCGAGGGCGAGUUCUUCCAGCGAGGCUCGAAUCUCCACUACCUGCAGGGGAGCGGAAAGAAGUCUCAAGGCAGUAGCGGCAUGCUGAUUGACAUCAGUCGAAUAUUGGGUGUCACCAAUCAAUAUCUGGCAGCCGGGGGCAUCAAGGGCGACUCGCAUUUCCCAUGGCACUCCUUAUCGCAUCUUUCAAGGAUACGGCAGGACCUGGACAUCUGGGCAUCUGGGACAGACAAUGUCUUUUCAAGCGUAGCCAGCUUGUUCGGUCAACAUGACUCCACCGUCCUGGUUCUCAGCAAGCUCAUCUACCACCUGGUCCAUUGUCUGGUAUACCGGCCAUUUCUUCCGAUCGACUUGGCAGAGCUCGCCGGCAGCGGCCAACAUCAGUCUUGGCAGAUUGAAGCCACGCAUAUGUGCUUUCUGCAUGCGAAUGCCAUGGCCGAGCUUGUCGAGUUGGGCAAGCAGAAUUCGACCAUCCAGUGGCCCGCGUUUGUGGGAUACUGCAUUUGCACAGCCGGCACCGUCCAUAUACAUGGCGCACACUACAACAACAAUGGCACAAGCAGUGGCGCUGAUGUUUUUGCGUCCUCGGCGGUGUUCCUGUCACGAGAAAUGCAGCAGCUCAACGAGUUGCGCUACACCUGGACCAGCGCCCAACACCAGAAGCAGACACUGCAGGCUAUCUACAAUGCUCAUGCCGAGCUGAUCAAGGGCAUUGCGUCGGACCUUAUCCGCCAAUCACCCGUUUUCCAUCUCGAGGACUUCUUUGACAGAUACGCCAAUGUGACAAGUCACGACGGACACCCAUACUCUUUCGACCCUGCAUAUCUCAGCCUGUCGGAUAUUGUCCUUGACCUCAACACCGAUACGUACACGAGCCACGAAAUUUACGCCCCGCGUACGUCCGUGUACGCCGAAACCUCUUACCUCGGAGAUCGGCCCAACCUCAAGAGAAAGGCAUCACACAACGACGGUGGUGAGGACUUUGGCACAGGCUCGAUUGCCGCCUUGCCUGGCACUAUGUCAAACGCCACAUUCGACGAGCGGCAGUACGCCAUGGCCGGCGAGCAGCAUGCGCAACCCAUCAUGUUCAGUCCCGUGUCCGUUCAGUCACAGCUUGGAGGUGCGAUCGGUGGUCAGCUGGUCCCACCUCGCAGGGAGUCUCUGCUGUCCAAUCACGACGCAAACAACGCCAGCUUAGGUUCUCAUGCCGGUGGCGGAUUUCCGACCUCGAUCCAGCAGCAUCCACAACAACCGCAACCUCCCCAGCAAGCCAGACCGCCAGUACCAACACUUGGAUCUAACACGCUGUCGCCUGCGUACAACUUUGCCACACCAAUAGCGCAUCUAGAUCAUUUGAAUUCUGCCGAGAUGCGAGGCAGCGACCCGAUGUUCGGAACAGUCCCAACAAACGCAUACUCAUCGCCAGCUGCGUGGCACGGAGAACCGGAGAACAAACAGUCUCAGCUGAGCAUCGCCACCGCCCUGGCCCAAAGUCCAGGCGCUGCAAGCCAGCAAGGAAGUGCUGGAACAGGCCCGGAAGAAAAGGACCCGUUCCUCAGCCUUCUCGAGCAGUUAGCCGAGAAUGAGCAGGGCCGGGGAAACGAGCUCGACUUCUUCCUGGCUGGCUCGCAUGGGUAG